AUGGGUGAGUCUGUUGUGGAUUGUAAUACAGCGGAUUUGGCAGGGGCCCAGCCGACAUAUGGAAAUGGAAGCCUUGAACCAGACUGCCAGGCCGAAGCCCCGUACGUCGUCUCUCAAGACCACAUGCACAAGAAACGCCCUAUGCGCAUUAUCUGUAUCGGUGCAGGCAUUGCCGGGAUCGCUGCAGCAUAUAAGUAUCAGCGACGAUUAAGCGAGAUCACGUUCACCAUUUACGAGAAGAACAACGACGUCGGUGGUACCUGGCUGGAGAACCGAUACCCUGGAUGUGCUUGUGAUAUACCCGCACACGGAUAUACCUAUUCGUGGGAAGGAAAUCCUGAAUGGUCGCGCUUCUACGCAGAAGCCCCGGAGAUUCAUGCCUAUUUCAAAGGAUGUGCAAUCAAAUGGGAAUGCAUGAAAUACAUCAAACUGGGCCACAGAGUCAUUCGAGCGGAGUGGUCUUCCUCCGAUUUAGUAUGGGAUGUUACCGCAGAAGUUCUUGAGACUGGUGCUAUGAUGCACGAUCGCUGUGAUGUGCUGCUAAGCGCCACUGGAGUUUUGAACAACUGGAAGUGGCCUGCGAUAGACGGGCUCAACGAUUUCAAGGGCAAGCUGCUUCAUUCCGCUCGCUGGGACGAUUCAUAUGAUUUCAAGGACAAAACCGUCGCGGUUAUCGGUGCUGGUUCUUCUGCUAUACAAAUAGUACCGAAUCUCACUCCAAAGGUUCGCAGGAUGAUCAACUUUAUUCGAUCUCCAACCUGGAUCACACCAGAGUUCAGCCAAUCGCUGGCUGUAGAAGGCCGAGACACUAAAUUCUCCUCGGAGCAAAUUCAGCGCUUCAAAGAUGACAAAAAGUACUUUCUCCAGUACAGGAAAUUGGUCCAAAACACUGGGAGUUCGAACUUUGGGACAUUCUACAAGGGCUCGCCACGUCAACUAGAGGCUGUUAAGAACUUCUCGGCAAUGAUGAGGAAAAGAUUGAAUGAUGACGAAGAGAUAGCUGCGCGAUUGAUACCAAAGUUCCCAGUGGGAUGCCGAAGAUACACCCCUGGAAGCGGAUACCUUGAGGCGCUCGUUGCCAGUAACUCCCAGGUGAUCAUGGACGAAAUUGAUCACAUUGAUUCUGGAGGACUCGUCACCAAGGAUGGUGACUAUCAUGUCGUUGACGCUAUCGUCUGUGCAACUGGCUUCGACACAUCUUUCAGGCCAGCAUUUCCAGUCAUUGGGGUGGAGGGUCGAAAUCUUAGUCAAUACUGGAGCGAUGAACCCCUGCACUAUCUGUCGAUUGCAGUUCCCAAGUUUCCGAACUACUUUAUCAUCGGAGGCCCUAAUAGUCCGAUCGCAAAUGGGUCCCUAAUCUCAGGACUCGAGGUCGAGCUCGACUAUGCCUACAGCUGCGUUGAGAAGAUGCAAACCGAGAAUAUCAGCUCUAUGGAUGUCAAAGAGGAAGCGAUGCGGGACUUCAUAGAGCACCGGAACGAGUCAAUGAAGGCGUUUGUCUGGAGUGGCGAUUGUCGUAGUUGGUACAAAAAUGGAAGGAUUGAUGGCCCUGUGAUAGGGCCGUGGCCUGGUUCGUCAUGGCACUUCAAUGAAGCUCUAGAAAAGCCCCGUUUCGAGGAUUAUAAUUUGAAUUACGUGCGGCGCAACAGAUUUUCUUAUCUAGGAUAUGGCCGGACACUGCGAGAAGAGCUUGGAGAAAGCACUGCGGAGCAUUUGACAGAGGAAGGGGUCGUUGAUCUAUGA